AUGGGACCUAUUGCUCCAUUUGAUGCAGCUUCAAUCUUUCUUGCCAUUGGAAUGGCCAUCAUCAUAUCAUCAUGGACUAAAAAUUAUGGUGACUCAUCAGAAAGCAAAGAUCUAAUGACACAAUUCAGGGGUGCUGCUAUUGCAAUUGCAUCAGAUGAAAAGAUAGCAUUAUUGGGUGCAAUACAAUCUUUAUUCGAGGGUUCAAUGUACACUUUCGUGUUUCUUUGGACACCUGCUUUAAGCCCAAAUGGUGAAGACAUUCCACAUGGUUUCAUUUUUGCUACUUUCAUGUUAUCUUCCAUGUUAGGAAGCUCUUUAGCUUCUCGGUUAUUAGCACACACACUAACAUACAUUGAUAUUGUGUUGUGUUGUGUGUGUGUUCACACACUGUUAAAAGGAUUGGAAAAGAUAAUUGCAAGUGCAGAUAUUCCAAUGUUCGUCUGUGGUGACUUCAAUUCAGUUCCAAGAAGGAAAAAUUGA